GAAAUAGCCAAUGAGGUGGCGCAGCCGGGCCGGCCGGGCAGCCAGUGCCAUAUAGUAUGCAGCAACCGGAGGAGUCACGUUGGGGGAACGGCAGAAAGCAGCUAUCCGUUUACACUACUUUGCUCUAGCAGCUAUCUUAAUGAUCGCGAGCGCGGCGGACAUCAAGCAGGAGAAUGGGAUGGAAAGCGCCUCGGAAGGGCAGGAGGCGCAGCGCGAGGUGGCGGGGGGCGCGGCGGCGGGGCUGAGCCCCCCGACUCCCGCUCCGUUCCCCUUGGAGCCGGGGGAAGCCACGGCCGGCGCGGGCCGCGAGGAAGGGGCGGCGGCAGAGCCGGUCCGACUGCACUCGGAACUUCUGGGCGGGCACCGCACCGCCGCCGCGCAGACCCCGCUGGCCUUCUCGCCGGACCACGUCGCCUGCGUGUGCGAGGCGCUACAGCAGGGGGGCAACCUGGACCGCCUGGCCCGAUUCCUGUGGUCCCUGCCCCAGAGCGACCUGCUACGUGGCAACGAGAGCCUGCUGAAGGCGCGGGCGCUCGUGGCCUUCCACCAGGGCAUCUACCCCGAGCUGUACAGCAUCCUCGAGAGCCACAGCUUCGAGUCGGCCAACCACCCGCUGCUGCAGCAGCUCUGGUACAAGGCGCGCUACACCGAGGCCGAGCGCGCGCGCGGCCGGCCACUGGGUGCUGUGGACAAGUACCGGCUGCGCAGGAAAUUCCCGCUGCCCCGCACCAUCUGGGACGGCGAGGAGACGGUGUAUUGUUUCAAGGAGAAGUCGCGCAACGCGCUCAAGGAGCUCUACAAGCAGAAUCGCUACCCUUCGCCCGCCGAGAAGCGGCACCUGGCUAAGAUCACCGGCCUGUCCCUCACCCAGGUCAGCAACUGGUUCAAGAACCGCCGGCAGCGUGACCGGAACCCCUCGGAGACCCAGUCCAAAAGUGAGUCUGAUGGCAAUCCCAGCACAGAAGAUGAAUCCAGCAAGGGACAUGAAGAUUUGUCUCCUCACCCACUCUCAGGUUCAUCUGAUGGCGUCGCCAAUCUCAGCCUUUCCAGCCACAUGGAGCCAGUGUAUAUGCAGCAAAUUGGAAAUACUAAGAUACCAUUAAGCAGUUCUGGAGUACUGUUGAAUGGAAGCUUGGUACCUGCAAGUGCUUCACCUGUCUUCCUUAAUGGUAAUUCUUUUAUUCAGGGACCCAGUGGAGUUAUCCUUAAUGGAUUAAAUGUGGGAAAUGCGCAGACAGUAUCACUGAAUCCACCAAAAAUGUCUUCCAACAUUGUGAGCAAUGGUGUAGCCUUAACAGACAUACUGGGGUCUACCUCUCAGGAUGUGAAGGAAUUCAAAGUCCUCCAGAGUUCUGCUGCUAACUCAGCAGCCGCCACCUCCUACAGCCCCAGUGUGUCGUUCCCAGGGCUGACACCCAGCACUGAGGUGAAAAGAGAAGGCAUUCAAACAGUGGCUUCCCAGGACGGAGGCUCUGUAGUGACUUUUACUACACCAGUGCAAAUUAACCAGUAUGGCAUUGUCCAGAUCCCUAAUUCCGGAGCAAACGGCCAGUUCCUUAAUGGGAGCAUUGGAUUCUCUCCACUGCAGCCACCUCCUGUCUCAGUGGCAGCAUCACAAGGUAAUAUUUCAGCAAAUUCAAGCACUUCAGAUGGGAGCACAUUUACUAGUGAGUCUGCCACAAUCCAGCAAGGAAAGGUGUUCUUGAACUCUCUUGCUCCCAGUGCAGUGGUAUAUACUGUUCCUAAUUCAGGCCAGACAGUAGGAGCUGUGAAACAGGAAGGCUUGGAAAGGAGCCUGGUAUUUUCUCAGUUGAUGCCUGUCAAUCAGAAUGCACAAGUAAAUGCAAACCUGUCUUCCGAAAAUAUCCCAGGGAGCGGCCUUCAUUCACUGGUCCCCUCAUUAGUUAAUGUAUCCCCAACUCACAAUUUUUCCCUGACUCCCCCUACUCUACUAAAUCCCACUGAGCUAAAUCAUGACAUUGCUGAUAGCCAGCCAAUGUCUGCACCUGUGGCAAGCAAAUCUACUGUGACCUCUGUCGGCAACACUAACUAUGCAACACUUCAGAACUGCUCCCUUAUUACUGGUCAAGACCUACUGUCAGUCCCUAUGCCUCAAGCUGCCCUUGGGGAAAUAGUUCCUACAGCUGAAGACCAGGUAGGUCAUACCACCCCAGCAGUUCACCAAGAUUUUGUCAGAGAACACCGACUGAUUCUGCAAUCCGUGGCUAACUUGAAGGAGAAUUUCUUGCAGAAUUCCGAGAACAAAGCAACAAGCAGCCUUAUGGUACUAGACUCCAAAUCCAAGUAUGUCCUAGAUGGCAUGGUUGAGACAGUAUGUGAAGACCUGGAGACAGACAAAAAAGAGCUUGCCAAGCUCCAAACUGUCCAGUUGGAUGAAGAUAUACAAGACUUAUAAACUUCAUUUCCUACACUCCCCCUCCCUUUUUGCUUUUGGCAUCAGCAGCAAAUCUUUUCAUGUGGCCCCAAAGACAUAAAGCAUUUCCCCAUCCAAAGGAAAAGACUCUACUUUUUUAAGUAAAUGCAUUCAAGAGACUUGGAAUUGAUCUGCAUGAAAAUCAUGGUUGAAUAUACAUUGGUAGAACUGAUUUAUGGAAACCUUUUUGUUCACGUAUAAUGUUCUCUCUUCGAUGGAGGCAAAGAUGAAAUGUAUCAAGUCAAAGUAUAUCAUUUAGUUGACAGUAUAAUUUUAAGUUCAAAAUGGAACUUACUAAGUUUUUUAAAUUAAAAAUGUAUACAUAUAAUAGAAAAUUAAAUAUAACUGCAGACGAUUAGAAACAAUGCAAUUGUUUUUGUUUACUUUUAUUACAUGGGCAUUGAUAAGAUUAAGAAACAGAAAUGGUACUCCAAACUAUUGUAAGGGUGUAUUUUUUGACAUUAAGUAGCUUAAUAUAUAUAAGUAUAUGUAUAUGCAUACAGACACUUAUCUAUUUCAGCAUUUUUGAGAAAGUCUUGGUUUAAUUCUGUACACAUUUCCAGAUGUGUUUGUUAGCAGUUCAGUGUAGCUGAGGAGGUUUGAAACUCCACUAAAAACUGAAACAAACUUCAGUGUGAAUGUAAAUAUAUCAAUACUAUAAGCAAGAUUUGAGUAAGUACAGUUUUAUUUAUACUGUGUAUGUUUCUCUUAUACUUCAGGCGGUAUGAACUAAAAAGAAAAAUGUUUUCUUACUGUUUAAUUUAUUUUUAUUGUUCGAACAGGAAGUGAACAUUGUUUCCAGUAGUUUUACUUUUUGUAGGAUUUUAAAAGCAGUGACUUUUAUCAGAAGUCUACUACGGUCAAUAUUAAUAACACUGAAACAGGAAUUCUAACUCCCAAUAUUGGAGUUUUGGUACUUUUUUUCACAUCUCUGUUCUUUAUUUAGCAACUCUGAUUCUUUUAAAUAUGUUUUAUAUAGACUUCUAUGUGCCUUUUUAACUUGUGGCCUUUUAGUAAGAUACAGAAGUGUCAGUAAAAGCACUGAUGUUUCUUUUCUACUAUCUAGCAGGGUUAAUUUUAUCACAAAAUUAUAUUACAUCUGGAGAACUUAAGUUUCACUAAAUUUUAUCUGUAAUGUUAUGCAAAUGGAUAAACAGCUAAUUAUUACUGUUUUUUAUUACAAUGACAAUAACAGCAAUUAGAUUACAAAAAACUAUAUAAUCAACUGCAGUCUAUGAAAACAGCCAUUUUAAAGUAAAGAACAAAUGUGUAUAUUCUACUUAGCAAAAUUCUGUCCUGUGGGAACUUCAUUCUCAGUGUUUUGCAUUUCUUGAAACACGAUGACAUGUAAUUAGCUGUUGUUUGCACUACUUGAUCAUGUCCUCUUUAAAGCAAUCUUUUAGGUUUCUGUAAGAAGCUUGUUGGAUAAUAUUGUGAAUUGUGUUUAUAGUUUUUAUCAGGACUCUGAAAUACAAGCACAUUUAUGUAGUGAGUAAAAUUACUCUAUUCUCUGAGAAGCCAGAAAAGUGAGAAGAUCAUCUGUUUGACAAUGACUUAAAGUUGUUCUACAUAAAAAUGCUACAUCUUUCUUUAAGAUGAGAAUGGAGGGGCCAUUCUAGACCUAUGUGUCCAUCAGCUGAUCAUGUUGAACAAGGACCACAGAGUACUUAACUUUUGCUGUUAUUGCAAUGGAACUUGCAGGCACAAGUAAAGAGCCCUGUGAGGAAACUCUUUCCAUCAUUUUGAUAAAGAACUGACAUCCAGUUUUUUGAAAUUGGUGAAUGUUCCCAAACUGCUGAAAUUACAUUUUAUUUUAUUUUGUUUUGUUUUGUUUUGUUUUGUUUUGUUUCAACAGAGUCAGGUGUUUUGGAGUUCUCUUCCAUUUUACAAUAGUAUACAGCUUUUUUUCCCUUGAUUGUGUGCUGAUCUUGUCAUCAAGGUUAAUUACAUGAUUCUGUAAUGAAAAUGAUGUUUUCCACUUGAUUGCUGCAGAUAUCAAGAGUUUCUUAAUACUUUUAAAAUACCCAUCCAAUAGAGAGAUGGGAAGGUUUAAAGAGAGUUAUAUAUGUUACAUAUAUAACAUGUCUUCCAAAAAUAUAAUAUUCCUGUCUUUUAUGUAGAGUUCUUCAUGCAUUUUCCUUUAUGAAAAAAAAAAAAGAUAGCACAAAAACCUCAGACUUACAUAGGAAACCCAUUUAUAUUCCCAACAUAGUAUAAUUAUAACCGUAUAAUUACUCCAGGUAGCUGCACACUAGACCAUGUAAGAAUCAAUGCACAUUAGAAAGAACUUAUGGUUCUUUUCUUUCAGGCCAGUCGGUAUGUAGUCCAAAUAUAUGUGAAUGGAAUAAUUAUAAACCCCAUGAUCUCCUUGCACAGAAUUGCAGAUGUAAUUUUGCAAUGCCAAGGGCCAGCCCCAGAACCCUUGGAGUUCAUGUGGCAGAAAUUCCUUAACAAACCAAUGCUUGAAAAUGCUGCAGAUGACCUUCUAAUAAUGCCUGAAGAGCAAUCAGAAUAGGGGUGAAGAAUCCUCUUCAAAUCCCAACCCCUGCUACUGGCUGUGGGACUUUUUUGAUGUGAGCCUAUCUAUGCACUCUAUCAGCCAGAGUUUGGCAUUUAGCUCUUAGUUACAUCCAAUAAAGGACAGUCUCUUGUUUGAAGAGAAGGUGCAUUUGUUCCUCCAGCAAGCAAGAGCACCUGUGUUGUACUGCAUUAUCUCAUGUAUAUUUAUGCUAAAGACUCUUUGGAUUAUCCAUGUUCCAGUGCCUUUCAGGUGUUGUGAAAGGCAGGUAGAUGUUGUAGCCAUAGAUUUUUAAAACUCUAGUUUAAUUACACAUUGACCUUAAGUCUCCUGUAUGUGCCCUUACAUCAUGCAUGUUAGCAGUUGGAUUAUUGGGCAUGUGUAGCAGCCUUCCUUGCUACAUCCUAGACAAGUGUGCAUUAGGACAUAGCCACAAGUUCUUCAUUCUUUAAAAUGCUUUAGUAGAUCAUCUCACAUAAAAAAUAAUUCAGGAAAACCGGGGGGAAGAAUAUUGUACAAAAGAUGUUUCAAGAGUCUUCCUAAAGUCUAGAUGAUAGAGCCUAAUGGUUAUUUUGAAUCUUAUUAGUAUAUUUCAAGUUAAUUAAAUAUUACACCAUAAAUUUUGCUAGUCAGAAUUACAUAGCAUGUGACUCUUGGCUUUCAGGGUUCUCAAAAAAUCUGUUCUUCCGUUGCAUGUACUGUAUGUUUGGAGGCAACCAGUUACACACUCAGUAUGGUUUUACUGUGCCUUACUCAGAAAGAAACUCUGUCCAGAAUGUAUAUCAUGGGAUGGGGUAUAGAACAGAGUCAUUACUGCACUGUUAGGUGAUGGCACACAGCAUGUCCCAGAACAUUUCUGUGCUUAAUUACCCAACCAAAGAGAUCUAAAGUAUGUCUGUUGUACUGUAAUGGGGGUUUAUGCCUGGACAAUUAAGUGUUUUAUUUGUUUUCUGAAAUGAUGUGAACUUAUUUUUCUAAACACUAUGCUAAAUAAACUUUAUAUUUAUACA